AUGGGCAGAGUUCUUGACAUGGGAAUUCAAGCCGAUGAAGAAAAUUUAAAACAAUUCAAGGCUGCUAUAGAAUACCCUUUGUCGUCAAAGGAGUUGUUAAGACGCCAUGGCCGACGCCUUGUUGUUUAUGGGCUGACAUUUUUCUUUGCCAAUUUUGGCCACAACAGUACCACAUUUGUUCUUCCGGCCGAGCUAUUCCCAAUGAGAGUUUACUUGCCACAUGCAGAGUGCAGCAUCAGGGAAACCAUAGGACUUGUCACUGGAGGAGAUAUCCAGGGAGGAAGGCAGCCUGAGGGAGACACAUAUGUCCGCUCAGUGAGUCAGUCGGACACUGGAUACAAAGGAGUUAUCGGCUGCCAUGCAACCUCGCAUGGCGCCACAUGA